AUGGAGAAAGAAAAGAAAACCAAGCCCCCUAAAGCAAACUGGGACAGUGCAGCGCAUACCAUUUUUAUGGAUGCAUGUGUAGAGGAGGUGCGAGCUAAUAACCGUGGUGGCACCACUUUAACCGACAUUGGAAAAGCUAAUUUGGUUAGAAAGUUCAAUGAGCGCUUCGGGAGAAAUUAUUCUUUCGACCAACUGAAGAAUAGAUGGGAUAUAUGUAGAGCAGACUACAGUGUAUGGAAGACAUUGACUCAAAAAGCAACUGGCAUUGGUAGAGAUGAAUAUACAAAGACCAUUGCAGCUACAGAUGAGUGGUGGGCAAUUGAGAUAAAGGUAUUUUGCUGCCAUGUCAUUCAUUCAAGUAGUGAGUGAUAAAGGUAUGCUCCACUAGCAGAGGAGGACAAAAUGAGAGAGGUGUUUGAUGCUUGCUGUGUCACAAAUGAACAUGCUAGGGUGCCAAUUCCCACAUAUCAAAGUGGUUCAUCUCGCUUUAAUAUGGAUGAUGAUUCAGGUUGUGAAAGUCAUGAUGUCGAAGCUACACCUCGUACGAAGCGUGCCAAGAUUGGGAAGAAGAUGCCAUGUUCUUAUUCGCCAAGUCCUAGGAUGAAUGAGAAGUGGUCAAAUGAAAGUGUUAAAACUGAUACACUUGUACGUAUGGUUGACCUCUUUGGUGCAAGAGAAAAGAGAAAGGGAAACCUAGGAGAGGAUACAACAAGAAAGGAGAUUGGAGACAUGAUGAACAUGGUGAUUGCAGAUGGUGCUAAACCCGGGAGUGAUGUGCAUUUCUAUGCUUCCCAUCUUAUGUUGGAAAGGAAAUAUCGUGAUAUUUUUAUGGACACUUCAGAUGAAUCUUCAGAUGGAUCAGAUAAGGAAUGGGAUUUGGCCAUGUUUGCAUGUUCUAUGGAAGUGGGGUCGCCAAGUGAGAGAUUGCCGUAUGCACCAAGAAAGUCGCACCUUGUUACAGGCCUCCAAUGGGUGGCAGAGAAGGAGCAAGAUGCAAAAGCUUUCUACUCUAUGUUCAGAAUGAGAAGCAAGUUGCAUGAUGAGCAUUUUGACAAGUUUAACAAUGAUGCGUAUGUGCAGCCCCCAUUGCCAUUUACAGGCGCCAACGCUCUACCACCAGAAGAUGAUGGUACCAUGGCCGAAACACGUGAUGCUAUUGCUACCAGUCUUGUACCAUGA